AUGGUGAGUAAUGAGACUUCUCAAAAAGAAUCAUGUUAUUUCAUUUUCGAUCGCGAUAGCUUGGUAUUCACAUUCAGCAGCACUAUUUGCGGCCAAAUUCUAUCUGGUUAUGUUGACUUCUGGUUUAGUAUAGUUCUAUUCACUGUUGCGUGUCUAUUGGAUGUCGCUACUCUAAUUAAACUGCAAUGG